AUCAAACCGGUAAAACGGAAAAUUAGACAUUGUAAAUCAAACCGGGUGAUUUCCCGGUCUAUUGUGCCCUCUGGUUUUUAUUUACUCUUCGUGUUUUUUUCUUCGUCGACGUCACUCUCUUCUUCCUUAAACCCUAGACAAAAUCUCUCGGAGCUAUGGCGGCCUCUGAAGCAGGGCAGCAAGACAGAGCAGAUGAAAACGAUGAAAUUGCGUUCAAAGAUGGCGACACUGAUAUCUGCCAACAGCUUAUGGACCGUUAUGCCAAGUCCUCCGCCUCUCAGCACCGUCAUCUCGUCGCCACCGCCGCCGCGAUGCGCUCCAUUCUCACCUCGGAGUCUCUUCCGCCAUCUCCCCCUGCUUUCUUCGCAGCUGCUAUAUCCUCGUUGGAUUCUUCUACGGCUGAUCCAAUGGCGGUUUCUGCUUUGCUUACAUUCCUGUCCAUAGUCGUUCCUCUGGUUCCCACCGGAGAAAUUUCAGCUACUAUGGCUCGUGAGGCAGUGGGUGUGCUCGUAAAACCAAUUGAUGGAGAAGGAGAUAAGCUUGGGGUUGCUAGUUUGAGAGCUGGUGUGAAGUGUAUCGGGACUUUACUCAUUGGCUUCUGCGAUUUGGAUGAUUGGGAAUCUAUUCAAAUAGGAUUUGCUUCACUUCUCAAGUUCUCCAUUGAUAAACGUCCCAAGGUUAGAAGAUGCGCUCAAGAGUGUCUGGAGAAACUGUUUGGCUCUCUCCGGUCAUCCACUGUUAUAAAGGAAGCAAGUAAUACAGUAUAUGGUUUGCUUGAAGAACAUAAGCCUGUCCUAUCUGAGUUAAGCUCCACAAAGAUCGAGGAAGGUUCCAAGGUCGAGUCAACACUGAAAUCCGAGAACGCAGAGGCUGCCCAUGUGCUAAAUGUGCUCAGUGCUACAAUUCCAUUUCUCUCUGCCAAAGUUAGCACUAGUGUUUUCUCAGAACUUUGCAAGCUUAUGGCUUCUCAGUUUUCGCCGCUGACGAGGCAAAUUCUCAAAGCGAUCGAUUCUAUUUUCAAGAAUUCAGAAGAUACAGUUAUUGUUCCUGAGAUAGAAGGAGUGAUAACUUCUUUGACUAGUUAUUUAUCUCUACAUGAUAAGAAUCCUGCUGACACCAUCGUGCAUGUAAGCACCCUUUUAAAAAGUGCAUUGGAGAAAGCCUACUCAGUCGAACCGACAUUAUGUCUAAGGAAACUUCCACUAGUUUGUGGGUCAUUGGCAGGCCUUCUUACUUCCACGGACGAUGUUGCAUCCCAAGCCUCAGUUAUAUUAAGAGAUUUGAUCAGUAGCCACAUCGAUACCAAUAAUCUUCUGACCGAGAGGAGCUUGUCUUGUGAAGAUGAGGAUAACUUAACCGGUGGAGACAAUAUAAACGCAGCAAGAUGUGUAUGCACUGUCUUUGAGGGUACCUUGAAGUCAUGUGAUGGAAUUCCAAACGAGCACAUUUUAACUGUCACAACUCUUUUGAUCGAGAAACUUGGAGAGCUUUCGUAUAUUCUUGCAAAGGAUAUCAUUUUUCAGCUUGCCGAAAAAAUUAACAAUGCAACUGGAGAUAUUUCUAUUCCAGAAUAUGUUCAGCAAUGCAUUGGGUCUGCAGUGGUUGCCAUGGGGCCAGUGAGGCUACUAACACUUCUUUCUAUCACCCUACAUGCUGAGAGUCACUCAUGCGCAAAUGUUUGGCUAAUUCCUAUCUUAAGAAGAUAUAUCGUUGGAGCAUCUCUUGAGUAUUAUGUCGACCACAUUGUUCCCCUUGCAAAAUCAUUGAUGCUUGCUUCUAAAGAAGCUAAAAAGUCAGCUCACGGCAAAAAGUUGCGGGCAUGUAGUCAUGAGCUGCUGAGACUGUUACCUGCCUUUUGUAACUACCCAGUUGAUGUGCCCCAGAAAUUUGGAUCGUUAGCCAAACUGAUGGUUAAAUUUAUCAAGAAAAAGUCUUUCAUGCAUGAAGCCGUGGCCGUUUCUCUACAGAUGCUUGUAAAUCAGAAUAAAAGAAAAGCCUGUGUAAGUGAAGAUGCUAAACCAGAGCUUGAAAGUAGAUUCCACUAUUCGAAGAAAGCUUCAACUAAAAACAUGAAAGCUUUGGCAUCAAGCUCUGCAGAGUUGCUUCAAACUCUUGUCGAUGUGUUCACUGUCUCAGGCAUCAGUGCGGACUUUAAGGCUGCAAUUGGAUGCUUAGCUUCUACUCUGGAUUCUUCUGUGAGGAAAAAAAUUCUAAUUUCCUUGCUAAAUAAGUUUGAUCCUGCUGGUGAAAGUGAGAUUGAAGGGCAGGUCAAUGAGCCUAAUGAUACAAUGGAUGAAGAAAAAAAAGGGCAGGUCAAUGAGCCUAAUGAUUCAAUGGAUGAAGAAAAAGAAGGGCAGGUCAAUGAGCCUAAUGAUUCAAUGGAUGAAGAAAAAGACAACUGCAGUGCUACAAAGACGCAGUUAAAGAGGAGUGCUGUACUGGAUCUUGCAUCUUCAUUUGUUGAAGGAGCCAAAGAAGAUCUUAUUGAAUUAAUAUAUAAUCUUGCUCGCCAAAGUUUUCAGGCCACCGACGAGGCUGUUCUUCGUGGGGCGUAUGAUACUCUGAGCAGAGUUCUAGAGGAACAUGGUUGGUUUUGUUCAUCUCAUUUUGCAGAGGUGAUAGAGAUGUUACUCAGCCAUAAAACUCCGGACGAUGCAGCAUCUUCGAAAAGUCGAUUUGCAUGUUUCCACGUUCUAAUGGCGCAUGGAAUUCAGUCAAGUUCCGAAGAAGAGAAUGAGAAGGCUUUCCUUAUCCUGAACGAGAUGAUCCUGACACUUAAAGAUGGGAAAGAAGAACAUAGGAAAGUAGCUUGUGAUGCACUGGUUUUGGUAUAUACAACCCUGAAAAAUUCAUCAUCUAUCACCGGUGAUGAACUUUGUCCCAAAUUGAUUAACAUGAUAGCGGGUUAUAUUUCUGGAUCAUCACCGCACAUAAGGAGUGGAGCAGUGUCUGCUUUAUCUGUCUUGAUAUACAAAGACCCUGAGAUCUGCCAAUCGUCACCAGAGCUUCUUUCCUCUGUUUUAUCAUUGCUUCACACCAAAUCCAUUGAGAUUAUAAAAGCUGUUUUGGGGUUUGUGAAAGUUUUAGUCUCGACAUCGCAAGCCCAGGACUUGCAGUAUCUACUGAAGAACCUCUUAUAUGAAAUUCUCCCCUGGUCGUCUGUUUCGAGACAUUAUUUUAAGUCAAAGGUAACGAUCAUCGUUGAGAUUAUGAUAAGGAAGUGUGGCACCCGCGCAGUCCAAUUAGCCACACCGGACAAGCACAAGAGUUUCCUCCAGACAGUUUUAGAGAACCGUACGGGGAAAUCAAAAGACAAAGAAGAGACAAAUGAUUCACAGACUACAUCCAUCGAGCCAUCAAGAGAGCCGAGGAAAAGAAAUUACAGAGAAGCUUCAUCAGAAACAACAUCCAAACAAGAUGGUGGCAAAGAACACAACAAAUUCAAACGACAGAAGAGCACACAUCAACACACACCUGCUUCCGACAUUAAUGGAAGCAGAACAGGACCAAAGCGCUUCGGUAACAAAAGCUUCGGGAAACAAAGGGAAGAUUCUGGAAACAAUCACAAGUCAGGAAAAGAGACACGGAAGCCACAGAAGAACAGGUUCAGGAAAGCACCAUGAACCUAAUCUCAGUCAAUAGAGUUUUUUUGUAGUUUUCAUAUACCAGAAACUGAACAUGGUGUGUGUAUAACUCAUAAUAGAUUAUACACAUCCAGAAAUUUUCACAGAUUAGUGUUUUUAAAGUAAAAACUCUCCAAAAAAGAAGAAAAGAUAAAAAGUUUUGUUAUUUGAAGAUCUACAGAUUAGAUUGCAGGAACUUGUUCAAGCACUGAAACAAUCUCUAUCCUGCUUCUCACCAAUCUGUGGAACACUUCUCUCACUUGUCUCUGCAAAUCCUCCAGUCCAACUUCCAUUCUCCGGCAAAUCUCCUCCAUCUCAUCCACGUUCUCCGCGACUUUCUCCUCCUCUUCCUCCGCCGGAAACCUAAACUUCUCGGUGAAUACCAUCAAAGAUAACCCAAUUCCCUCCAUCCUCUGCAUCUCCUCCAUCAAUCCCCCUGUAAACCCACCACCACAACGCUUCUCCUUCCGUUUCACCUCUUCACCAAUCCUCUCCUGAAUAUUCACGGCGGCGCUAGCCCAACUCUGGUGUUUCGGAAGCGACAAUGGCGCCACAAGAACGCUGCUUGUCUGACAAGGAACCGCCGCAACUAGCACCCACAUAACCAGAACCAUAGCACUGCUCAAUAUAUAUACCGGCAUCGCCGGUCCCGAAGCUUCUGCUCCACGUGGCAGCACCAUAUUAGCCACCAUCGCCUGAAUCUGCUUCGUCGCAGACCAAUUCUUGCUGACGUGGCCAGAUGAUCCACUUCCUCCUACGGCGACGCUGCUGCGCUGUCCAAACGACCACGACCGUGACGUUGUCCUUCGGCUGCAGCCACCACUUCCGCUGCUUCUAUAUUUCCCGUCGGCGUUUAAGCCGACGAGGAGGCUUGUCAACGCACGCUUGGCUCUACGAACGCUUCCGUCGCAUAACGGCCGUUGUUUAAGCGCCGUGACUGCUAUUUCCGCCAGACGUCGGCUCUGUCUAACGGAUUCAAUGCCGUUAACGACGGCGUUACAGAUAUCAAGCGCCUUUAGAAUCCGAUCAAGCAUUUCUUGCAAAACCCUCUCUAAAGACGGCGAUUUCGAGAUCUGAAUCGUGGACAGGACCCCUUUGAAUUCCGUUUCGCAGGACAUAAAAACAUGGAGGACAUUCUGUAGCCAAGGGAUCGAGAGAAUCUGAUCAGAUGUCAGAGAACAGGCGGCGUCGGAGGAGGAGGAAGAAGAAGGCGGCAACGGAGAUAUUAACUCCGAGAAACUCUCGGCUACGUGUUUCUGGAAAUACUCGAGUUCUUCGAGCUCUUGCUCGUGAUUGACAUCCAUGGAGACGAUCUGGUUGCGGCGGAUACUGAUUCGGCUCAGGAACGAGCCCUGAAAUUCCGUCGCCGGCGCCAUUAGUGUACUGUGAUGAAAUCGAUGCGGCAGUGAAUGUUUAUCUUUUUCCCCGGGAAUAAAGGAGAGAUUUUUAAAGGGGAAAAGAAAAAGAAAAACCAGAGAAAUGGGUUUUGGGAUUUUAGAUGAGAGAAGGAACCGAAAUGGUGGAAGACAUGUCUUGUCGGAGAGAGAGUUUUUUUUUUUUUUUUUUUUUUCUUUUUCUAAUGUUUAAGGAAGUUUUGAUUUUAUAUUUUCUCUCUUUCGGACUGACGAGUGAAGAAUAUUCGUCUUUGGUAGGUUUUGUUGACAAC